ACUCUGCAUCAGUUGACAGAAAGAGUCGAGAGCAGCAGGAUAUCUGAAUCUGCCUCUGCUUUGUAACCAAACGUCCCCCGACCUUUGUUUUCACACACAAAACCCGGAUUAAGUUGCACACUGCGCCUUUAAGAAACUGUCAACUGGAUUACUGAUCCAGGUAGAUCACCGGAGGGGUUCUUACGCGCCGCCGUUGCCCGAGGAGGCUCUCCCUCAGCCACAUUUCUCCCUCUGCUUCUCAUCCUCCUCUUCCUCGCCGGGAACCCUCAGACAUGGCUGAGAUAGGGAAGGGGGUGACCGCCGGGAAACUGGCCAUCAACGUCCAGAAGAGACUAAACAGGGCGCAGGAGAAGGUCCUACAGAAGCUGGGAAAAGCAGACGAGACGCGCGAUGCCGCCUUCGAGGAGAUGGUGGCCAACUUCAACAAGCAGAUGGCAGAAGGAACCAAACUGCACAAAGACCUGAAGGCCUACCAGGCUGCGGUGAAGACGAUGCACGACGCCUCGCGGCGGCUGCAGGACUGUCUGGCCGACAUGUACGAGCCCGACUGGUUUGGAAAGGAGGAGAUGAACGCGCUGGUGGAGGAGAUGAUAGAGAAGGAGUUGGACUGUAACUUGGAGGACACGGACACGCUGUGGCUGGACUACCACGUGAACAUCACCGAUAAAUCCCUGCACGGCAUGGACUCGUACCUGACCCAGUUUCCUGAAAUCAAGGCUCGCAUCGCCAAGCGCGAGAGGAAGAUGGUGGACUUCGACAGCGCCCGCCAUCACUUCGGCUCCUUACAGAAGGGCAAGAAGAAGGACGAGGCCAAGAUCGCCAAGCCGGCGGCCUUGUUGGAGAUGGCGGCUCCCAGCUGGGCCCAGGGUUUGAUUUCAGCCCACCAGGUGGCUCAGACUAACCUCUCCUACAACCAGGCCGAGGAGGAGCUGGGCCGAGCUCAGAAGAUCUUCGAGGAGCUGAACGUGGGCCUGCAGGACGAGCUCCCGGCGCUGUGGGACAGACGUGUCGGCAUCUACGUGAACACAUUCCAGAGCCUGGCGGGUCAUCAGGAGAAGUUCCACAGAGAAAUGAGCAAACUCAGCCUGAACCUGAACGACAUCAUGACCAAACUGGAGGAGCAGCGGCAGCUCGGAAAAGGUGCGACUGCAGCCUCAAAGACCGGAGGAGGUGGAAAGAGUGAGGAAACCAACCACAGUGAACCAACCACCUCAGCACCAAAGAGUUCGGUGACCAACGGAUCCGGUGGUGAACUCCCUCCGGGGUUCCUCUACAAGGUGAAGGCAGUGCACGAGUACACCGCCACCGACGGCGACGAGCUGGAGCUGCAGGUUGGAGAUGUCGUGCUGGUUUUGGCCUUCGACAACCCGGAUGAACAGGACGAUGGCUGGCUCCUGGGCUUGAAGGAGUCCAAGUGGUUGCAGAAGAAAGAUAUUUCCACUAAAGGCGUUUUCCCGGAGAACUUUACCCAGAAGGUCUGAGGACAGGUCCGCCUACGGCUCCCCGUGAAUGCUCCACCUCCUCAGACCCGUCACAAUAACGUCUACUGACCCACGACAUGAUCCGAAAGAAUUACUGAAAACAGUGCCUGGUUGCAACUAUGCAAAGUUAAAAGAUAAAUGAUUGGUUUUACUGGAACUCUUUGCUGUAAAACUCAAACAAAAAUUGCAUGUUUUUGUCCUGAUUAAUUAUUCCAGGAUUAAGAGCUUGUUUCCACAUACACGUACGUGAACCUUCACACUGCAGAAUAAUUAAACAUUUGUGUUGGAUUAACGACAAGCUGCAGUGUUCGCCAGGAGGUUUUAUAAUAAAACUCAAAAAGGGGCUAACAACCAAAACUGAACAUUUUCCUAUGAAUAUGUCACAGUUGCUUUCAGCGAACAUUUUACAUUGAAAUGAUGGAAAGGUGCGUAACAAGGAUGCAUCUACAGCGGCUUAUAUGUCUUAACAUCUGAGCCUCAGUUCAACGUGAAGUCGUACAGUUUUACGGACUGGACACACAUGUAUGUGGAAAUGAAGCACAAGUGCAGUUACCGUGCUGGACUCACAACACAGACCCAUGUGGUGGUACUAAUUAAACCUGGUCAAAAGUAAAAGAUGUACUGUAUAAAAGUCAAAAUGUUUGCAGUUCAUUGCAUGAAGCAUCGCGUUGUCUUGUCAUUUACUGUGAAACGAUCGCCGUGACUCCACGAUGUCGGGCUGCAGAAUGAGGCUGGGAUUGUUUAAAAACCAUGCAGUUGUCCUGAAAUAGAGCCUUGUGGAACGCCACAUUUAAAAACAACAAAACUGUUUCCUAGGCUCUGCAUUUUAAUGAUUUUUAUGGUUUCUCGUAGGUUUAUUGGAGGUAAAAGUCGUGUUUAAUUUCCAUCAUUGGCCAUUUUGAGGACAUCAUUGUGUGGCUUGAAUUUUCUAAUGCACAUGUGGUUUCAUUUUACUUAUUCUCACGUUUUCAUUGAGGGAUGGAACGCUUACAGUGAAUAUCUAUGUUCUGACUUGACUUUUUUUUCAUCUAUUUAUGACACAAUAUAAGCAUUUUUAAGCUCUGAACUUCAUCUGGGGCCUUCAGUCCUCAACAGGCCGAGUCACAUCUAUGCAAAGCUAUUUUCUUUUGUUCAUUUCCAGUGAAAUUCAUGUUCUGAAUGAACAAUUUGAGUCCAGUUAAAUGGGAUGCCGAUAGUGAACCAUUUCAAAAGUAAAACAGUUCUGUCUUCACCGAAUAUGCUGCAGAAAGCAAAGUGAAGCACAUCCAAAAGAUAUUUUUACACCACAUAGAAUUAACAAAUACAAAACUGGUUUAAGUUAUAACUAAUGUCUAAUGUACUGGAUCAAAUCAGUGUCAUUAAAGAUGAAUGAAACAUCA